CCGAGUUGACAAACAAAAGUAUACGCGUAGGUGAAACCCGAAGAUAUCUAUCUAAUUAGUUCCUUCCUUCUUCUUGCUCUGACCGUCAAGCUGCUGCUUUAGCCAUGGCUAUGGCGGCGUCUAUUAUCCAAUCUUCUCCGCUGUCGCUCAAUAGUAACAACGAAAAGCCGCGGAUUGAGGUCAGGGUUCCUAGUUCAGGAUCGCUUGGCGGAAUCAAAAGCCAAAAUAGGGUCUCUCCAUUGAGUGCCGUUGGAUUGAGCUCAGGCCUCGGAGGUAGAAGGCAAUCUCUUUUGAUAUGCCACUCGGCCAUUAACGCCAAAUGCAGUGAAGGACAAACACAGACCGUUACUCGGGAGUCACCCACAAUAACACAGGCUCCUGUCCACUCUAAGGAGAAAUCACCAAGCUUGGAUGAUGGAGGAGACGGGUUCCCACCACGAGAUGACGGAGAUGGGGGUGGUGGAGGAGGGGGUGGAGGCAACUGGUCGGGUGGGUUCUUCUUCUUUGGUUUUCUGGCCUUCUUGGGUCUAUUGAAGGAUAAAGAGGGCGAGGAAGAUUAUCGAGGGAGCCGUAGGCGAUGAUAAUGUGGGUCCAUUGAGUUAGUUUUUUGUUGAGUAUCACAUUUGGUUGAUCUUAUUACAGCUACAGGUCUCAUUUUGUAUCUGUUUUGUUGAGUUGGGGGAGGAUGGCUACAUAUGAUAUGCGAUGUAUGAAAGAGACGGUUGAUUUAAACAAAACUUCUUACUAUAUGGUAACUCUUGAAAUCCGGGGAAAAUAAGACACUGGAAAAUAAAUAAAUUCGAAUGAGAAAUAUAUUAUAUUA